AGCAAAGCUGCAAAUGGACUGAAGUUCCAGGAGGGACAGAAGAUGGGGCGUCAUCUCCUUGAAGUCUUGAUUCCUGCAGUCAUUUCAACAUUCCUGCUUUGGGAGGGUGCCCAAUGCAAGAAAAAUGGUUACAGCCUUGAAGUGCCUUCUCAGGUGACUGUGCAGGUGGGGCUCCGUGUCAGCAUCCCCUGCAAUUUCACGUACGAUGCAUCUCGUGAUGACCCUCGUGCUCAGUUGCACGGAUAUUGGUAUGUGAAAGACAAGCGAAGUCGGAGGCCACGUUUAGUGGCCACCAGUAACCCAGACAGAAUUAAGGAGAUAGACCCUCGCGUUCAGCAUCGUUUUGAAGUGUCAGGGCCAGAACUGAACCAAGGCAACUGCUCCCUCGCCAUCCAUCACGCCGAAGCAGCUGACCAGGCGAUUUACCACUUCCGAAUGGAAAAAGGCCACAACAAAUACAGCUACUCUACAGCAGAAGAAAGCCUGUCCGUCAUCGUGACUGAAAGAAAACCAGAUAUAACUCUUUUUGGAUUACUGAGGGCAGGGCAGGUAGCAACCAUCACUUGUAUAGCCUAUCGGAGUCCUUCUUCAGACCAGCCCAAGAUCACCUGGACAGGCAUUUCCGGAGGGAAAAGCUUUCAGCGUGUGCGCAAUGAUAGAGUGGAGAGUUACCUAGACUUCACACCUACAGCAGCAGACCAUCUCCAAAACAUCACCUGCAAAGCCACUUAUUUCAGAGUGUCUGAAUAUGUGACUGUGGACAGGACAAUCACCCUCAAGGUCAACUAUCCCCCAAGGAAACUACAGUUCCCCGGGCACCUUACACGUCCCAGCGGAGAUGUGCGGCACUUCACAAACUUCUCCCAGAUCGUUCCCCAGGAAGGCGACUCUCUCGUGGUUCAUUGCGAGGUGGACAGCAACCCUGAGAGCUUUGUGAGCUGGAAGCUGAGAUUCCCAGGAACUCGCCUCCACAUAUAUAAUGACGAACUGAGGCUUUCAAAAAUGGAAUCAGAGGAUGAGGGUAAAUACGAGUGCCGGGCAAGCAACACUGAAGGUUACACUGAAGGCAGCAUCUACAUCCGCCUACAUCGCGAGUGA